AUGAAGUCCCGCGUUCUGCGAAGCAUGCCUCUGCGGAGGGCCACGUCCGUGGCGACGGCGACGACGACGACGACGACGCGCUCGCCCGCUGCGGCCGCCGCCUCUGCCGUCCGCGCCGCCAGCAGCGUCUCACAGCGGCCGCAUUCCGACUACGUCUCCUUCCCGGGUGCCCUCAAGAGCGCCUUCACGAGCACCCUCAAGUACGAGGUGCCCGAGUCGUACCAGGCGCUGCCGACGUACCGUGUCGUCGACCAACAUGGCGAGGUCGUCGACCAGUCCUUCACGCCCGACAUCACGGACGAGCAGGUCGUCAAGCUGUACAAGGAUAUGCUGUACAUAUCCAUUAUGGAUCUCAUCAUGUUCGAUGCGCAACGCCAAGGCCGACUGAGCUUCUACAUGGUGAGCGCGGGCGAGGAAGCCGUCAGCGUGGGGAGCUCAAGUGUGCUGGACCCCGAGGACCCCGUCUACUGCCAGUAUCGCGAGCAAGGCUUCUUCAAGGAGAGGGGUUUCACGACCAAGGAGUUCAUGUCGCAGCUGUUUGCCAACAAGAAUGAUACCGGCAAGGGGAGGAAUAUGCCCAUCCACUACGGCAGUGGCCGUCUCAACAUUCACACAAUCUCGUCACCGCUUGCCACGCAACUGCCCCAAGCCUCGGGCGCCGGCUACGCGCUCAAGAUGCAGCGGCUGCAAGACCCCAACUCCAAGCCCAAGGUGGCCAUCUGCUUCUUCGGAGAGGGCGCGGCCAGCGAGGGCGACUUCCACGCGGCCAUGAACAUUGCCGCGACGCGGUCGUGCCCCGUCGUCUUCAUCUGCCGCAACAACGGCUACGCCAUCUCGACGCCGACGCUGGAGCAGUACCGGGGCGACGGCAUCGCCAGCCGGGGCAUCGGCUACGGCAUCGACACCAUCCGCAUCGACGGCAACGACAUCUGGGCGGUGCGCGAGUCGGUCAAGAAGGCGCGCGAGAUGGCGCUCCAGGACGGCGGCAAGCCCGUGCUCAUCGAGUGCAUGACGUACCGCGUGUCGCAUCACAGCACGUCGGACGACUCGUUUGCGUACCGCGCGCGCGUCGAGGUGGAGGACUGGAAGCGGCGCGACAACCCCAUUACGCGGCUGCGCAAGUGGAUGGAGGCCAAGGGCUGCUGGGACGAGGCCAAGGAGAAGGAGACGCGCGACGUGCUGCGCAAGGAGAUCCUGCGGGGCUUCUCCGAGGCCGAGAAGGAGAAGAAGCCGGCGCUGCGGACCAUGUUCGAGGACGUCUAUGAGGACCUGACGGACGACCUCAAGGGCCAGAUGCGGGAGCUCAAGGACAUGCUGGACAAGUACCCGAACGAGUACGACGUCUCCGAGUACGACGGCGGCAAGGACAGCCUGAAGGAGUAG